AUGGAGUUCGAACAACGUAUUAAGGCGUACCGCUUCGUCGCCUAUUCGGCUGUGGCCUUCUCCGUGGUCGCAGUCCUUUCGGUCUGCAUCACUUUGCCAAUGGUGCACAACUAUGUCCAUCAUGUCAAGAGAACCAUGCACCAAGAGGUCCAAUUCUGCAGAGGAUCUGCCAAGGAUAUCUGGUCCGAGGUCAACUCGUUGAAGCACAUGGAAGUAGCUCACAACAGAACUGCCCGUCAAGCUGGAGGUUGCGACGCUUGCUGCCUUCCAGGAGCCGCCGGACCAGCCGGAACCCCAGGAAAACCGGGACGUCCAGGAAAGCCAGGAGCUCCAGGACUUCCAGGUAACCCAGGACGCCCACCACAGCAGCCAUGCGAGCAAAUUACCCCACCACCAUGCAAGCCAUGCCCAGCUGGACCACCAGGACCACCAGGACCACCAGGACCAGCCGGAGAUGCCGGAGCCAACGGACACCCAGGAGCCCCAGGACAAGACGGAGCCCCAGGACAGCCAGGAAACAAGGGGCCAUCUGGACAGCCAGGAAACCCAGGAGCUCCAGGAGCCCCAGGACAGCCAGGAAAAGACGCCCCAUCAGAGCCAGUUGUUCCAGGACCACCAGGACCACAGGGACCACCAGGACCACAGGGACCACCAGGACAGCCAGGAGCCCCAGGACAAGACGGAACCCCAGGAGCGCCAGGACCAAAGGGACCAAACGGAAACCCAGGACAGCCAGGAGCCGAUGGAAACCCAGGAGCCCCAGGACAGGCUGGACAACCAGGAAGCGCUGGAGAAAAGGGAAUCUGCCCGAAAUACUGCGCCAUCGACGGAGGAGUCUUCUUCGAGGAUGGAACUCGCCGUUAA